AUGCACGACCUCGAGACUCUCCAGAGUGGCGGCUACAGGAAUGCUGGCCUCACUCAUCUCAAGCUCUCAUGCCCCUUGGCCUCAUUUCCAGAAGGGAUACUCCAACUCGGUGAUACGCUCGAACAGCUGGACCUCUCGGGCACCGGACUGUCAUCAUUACCUGCGAAUCUAGGCACUGGCCUUCCGAAGUUGAAGGCCAUCUUUUUAUCCAACUGCAGCUUCAAGGUAUUCCCGCGAGAGCUUGCAUCAUGCCCCGCCUUGGAAAGUGUUGCGUUCCGCAACAAUGGCAUGGAGGAGAUUCCCGAAGAUGCCUUCCCGCCGCCGCUUCGCUGUCUCGUUCUCACAGGCAACCGCAUCACCACGCUGCCAUCUAGUAUCGGCCACUGUGGCCAUCUACAAGAGUGCAUGGUCGCCUCCAACCAGCUACGGGACCUACCUGAUGCAUUGGCCAGCUGCAAGAAGCUCACCCUCCUCCGACUCAGCUCGAACCGCCUCUCAGCCCUUCCCUCCUGGCUAUUCACUCUGCCCGAACUCGCCUUUCUCUCGUUCGGUAGCAAUCCCUGCUCCUCCCCGACCACCAACGGUCUUCAUGCCCCCCGCGGACUAGCCAGCAUCGCCUGGUCCGACCUCGAAGUGCAGCAGCCUCUCGGCGCCCACACCUCCCAAGGUCUCUGGAACCGAUCGCCACACUACGCCGAAGAGGUUGCCAUCAAACUCUUCCGCAGUUCCGCCGGCACCGAAGAAGAAGACGACGACGACGGCUCCGCCGCGGACGAGAUGGCCGCGUACCUCGCGGCGGGCGCACACGAGAGCCUAGUCACCAUCCUCGGCCGCAUCCACGGCCACCCGGACGAGGACACACCCAGCUACCAAGGCGGCAUCGUAACGCAGCUCAUCCCCGAAGAAUACACGCCCCUCAACACCUACCACACCACCACCACCACCAACAACCAAGAACCCCCCCUCCCCUCCCCAUCCUCGUCACCACCACCACCCGCACCACAACCAGCAACCCCAUCUCAACAAACCACCACUACCACCACCACCCCACCAUCAAUAGACCCCCCCACCGCCCUAGCCAUGCUGACCGGCCUCGCGCACUGCCUCGCGCACCUCCACGCGCGCGGCAUGGCCCACGGCUCGCUGCAGCCGCGGCACAUCCUGGCCAGCGCGGCCGACAAGCACGCGCUGCUCACGGGGUUUCGGGGGGCGACUGUCUACGGGCACGGCUCCGAGCAAGGAAGCGGGGGGAAGGGGGUGGAGAAGGUUGAGGUGCUUGCCUUUGGGCGGGUGAUGGAGUUUGUUUUGGGGGUUGCUCGGGACGGUGCCGGUGAUGAGGGGGAGGGUGAGGGUGAUGAUGAGAAGAGGAGGGAGCGGGAGGAGGUGGAAAGGGGGCUUGGGGAGUUGUGUGGGCGGUGUGUGGCCGCUGACGGCGCGGCACGGCCGGGGUUUGCUGAGGUGGUGGAAGUGCUGGAGGGCUUGAUGGGCUGGCGCGGCAUGAUGCGAAUUCCGGACGUUGAGCCUCGGUAG